AUGUAUAGAUCUAAAUCCUUAAAUUAUCAUUAUAUUACAAACAAUUUUAUUGAUGGAAAAACUUUCAAAGACAAAAUUAAUGAAAUUAAUCCAUAUUCUUCUGUAUCAAUAUUAAAUAAUCAAAAAUUUUAUGAAAAUCAAAACUUUAAAAGAUGUAUAAAUUCUAAAUAUAAUUUACAAUUAAAAUUAAUACCACGUAUAAAACUAUCAGUAAAUUCAAAAACAUUUUCAGAAAAAAGUAAAACUUAUUUAGAUGAACUAAUAACUAAAGAAAGGUAUAAUAAUGAAAUACAAGAAAAUAUUAAAAAUAUAACUAAUAACCAAAUAAAUAAUGAUAUAAUUUUUAAAGAAUUCAAGGAAAAAGUUAAAUUUCGUGAUAAAAAAUUUGUUAAUUUGCCUAAAAUUAAUUUCACAACUUCAAUAGAUAUGCAAAAUAGUAUUAAUUUAAAUUCAAAAAACAUUAGUCAAAAAAAAAGACAUUCUGUAUCGCAAAUUAUAAAUUAUUUUAAUGAAUGUGGUGACAAAAGUUUGAAUUCUAUGCAAAAUAAAAAAAAUAUUAAUAUAAAAAGUUACGAAAAAAAGAAUGAAUCAUUUGAUUACAAUAAAAAUAUAAAUUAUACAAAUUCAAUUAAAAAAGAAAAAAAGAAGUAUAAUUUAGCAAAACUUGUUUUAGGAGCACCAAAAUUUACAAAGAAUAAUAACAAUUUUUGUAAUAUUAGAACAAAAAAAGAUAUAUUACCUGAUAAUUAUGAUCAUUCUAUUAUUAUAAAAAAUAUAAAUAGAAAAUUAGAUAAAGAUGGCAUCAAUAUAGAUGAACAUAUUUAUGAAAAAGUUCCCGAUGAUUUUAUAUCUAAUGAUAAUAUAUAUAUAAAUAAUGAUGUACCAAAUAAGCCAUUUAUAAGAACAUUUUCAAUAUUUCCACCAGAUUUAACAUUCAAACCUAGAUCAUUUAAGUCAUUUUUUUAUAAAAAUACUAUAUAUUAA